AUGCAUUCUUCGACUCUGUUCACGCUCCUUGCUACGGGAACUACUUCCCUAGCCUACACCAUCCCCGCUAAUCUUCAAGCCAUAUACAACGCCCACAAGGCGGGAACUUGUGCCCAACCUCUUUCCGGAACUUCUUCUUCUGGAGCCGUCUUUUGUGGAGAUAUUCCAAAUGCUAUUUUCCUCAAGGGAAGUAAUGGAAACUAUGACAACAUGGACGUCGACUGUGAUGGUGCCGACGAUAAGGCUGGUGAUUGCUCCAAUGAUCCUACUGGAUAUGGUGAGACAGCGUUCAAGGAUACUGUGCAAUCGUACGGCAUUUCAGAUUUGAACGCCAAUAUUCACCCAUAUGUUGUUGUCAACGAGCCACCCUUUUUCGAUGCCCAACAUUUCGGUCUGAAGCCAUUGAGUGUCAUGGCAAUUGUUUGCAACAAUCAGGUGUGGUAUGGUGUCUGGGGUGAUACCAACACAGAACCAACUACUGGAGAGGCAUCCAUUUCACUUGCCCAAUUGUGCUUCCCUAAUGAUGGCCUUACCGGCGAUAACGGACAUGGCCCUAAGGAUGUGCUCUAUAUCGGAUUCCUCGACCCUACGGCUGUUCCAGGCAAGAACGGUGCCAAGUGGAAUGCUAAGAAUGCUUCAGAGUUUGAAGCUAGCAUCAAGACAUUGGGUGACAAGUUGGUUCAAGGCCUUGGUAACAACAACGGUGGUGGCACCACCCCUCCUCCUUCCUCUUGCUCUUGGGAAGGCCACUGCGCCGGUGCAAGCUGUGGUUCAGAUGAUGAUUGUUCCGAUGAUCUCACUUGUAACAGCGGGGUUUGCGGUAGCAACUCAGGCGGCGGCUCUACUCCUCCUCCCACUACUUGCUCUUGGGAGGGUCACUGUCUCGGUGCCUCUUGUGGCUCUGAUGAUGACUGCUCUGAUGACUUUGUCUGCACGAGUGGCAAGUGCUCUGUGGACCAGUAA